AUGUCUGCAAAGCGACGCAAUUUGGAACUGGGCAAUGUCCUUGUCGUUGGUGGCUGCGGCUUCCUGGGGUGGCACAUCGUGGAUCACCUACUGAACUUCCCCUCUGAGACAGACCCCAGUGUCGCACUGCCCAAGAUCACCGGUGAUGCGCGCUUCGAAGUCCCGACACUCGGCUCCCGAUUCCCAGAUUACAAAGCCAAUGUCUCGGUCGUGGAUCUGCGCACUACGCACAACCGUCUGCCCGGUGCGACCUACUACGAUGGCGAUAUUACCUCUGUUGACUCCAUGCUCGAGGUUUUCCGCGCCGCGAAGCCCGACGUUGUGAUUCACACUGCUACUCCCUCGGUAUUAGACGGAAACAAGCCUCUGCUGCGCAAGGUUAAUGUGGAUGGAACCCGCACUCUGGUUGAGGUUGCUGGUGGUGAGCACGGUGAUUGGGGUGGCAAGUGUAAGGCUUUCGUGUACACGAGCUCUAGCUCCGUGGUGCACGAUACCCAGAGCGACUUGAUCAAUGUCAACGAGGAGUGGCCUCUUAUCCGUGGCAAAAUGCAGAAGGAGUACUACUCCGAGACCAAGGCCGAUGCCGAAGAACUCGUUCUCAAGUACAACCGCCAAUCCCCCACCGGAAUGGUCACAGCCGCUAUCCGCCCUGCUGGUAUCCUCGGCGAGAAGGACACAACCGUCACCCACAAGAUCCUUGAGCACGGCUCCAAGGCCUCCUCUACCGUGCUGAAGAUGCAGCUCGGUGACAAUGACAACCUUUUCGACUUCACCUACGUCGGCAACAUUGCCUACGCACACAUGCUGGCUGCACACCGCCUGCUGGCCUCCUACACCCGCUACGAGUCCGGUCAGGGCGGGCCCCUGGACCACGAGCGUGUUGAUGGUGAGGCGUUCAACAUUACCAACGAUUCCCCCAUUUACUUCUGGGAUGCGACCCGCGCUAUGUGGGCGCUGAUCGACCGGAUUGUUGAGCCCAAUGAGGUUUGGGCUCUGCCCGAGGGUCUGUUGGGUGUCAUUGGUGGCAUUGCGGAGACUGUUAUGGGAGUUUUUGGAAAGACUCCUCGUUUGACGCAGCGCAUGGUCCGGUACUCAUGCAUGACACGGUACUACUCUAUCGAGAAGGCCAAGUACCGUCUUGCUUAUCUGCCCGUUGUCCCCGUUGAUGAGGGUAUUACUCGUGCUGUUGGGUAUGUGGUUCAGAAGCAGCGUGAGGAUGACGGAAAGAAGGCUUUGUAA